GAGAAACCUGGUUAUCUGCAUUGAUGGAACAUCAAACACAACGAAAGAUAAUACUCAUGUUUUCGAACUACACGAAAGUAUCGUCAAGGAUGAAGAAACACAAUUCGCGUGCUACACCAGUGGCAUAGGAACGUAUGACAUGCCCGAAGGUUUCGCGUAUACAAAAUUGGUGGAGCAGGUCUCGAGCAUCUUGGACCUGGCCAUUGCUCAUAAUAUCAGGCGAAAUAUAGUGGACGCUUAUGAAUGGCUCUCAGACAGGUACCAUGAUGGUGAUAAGAUCUUCCUGUUUGGAUUUUCAAGGGGUGCAUAUCAAGUUCGUGCUUUGGCAGGAAUGAUUUACGAAGUGGGGCUUGUGACACCAGAAAAAAAGGACAAGAUUCCCUGUGCCUUUCAGUGCUACUCUGCCAUUAAUAGCGGGAAGUUCAAGGAUAUUCAACUUGCGAAGGAGUUCAAAAUGGCAAACUCAAGAAGCGUAGGAAUACAUUUCAUCGGCGUUUGGGACACCGUUUCGUCUGUCGGUGUCAACAAGACAAGGAAUUUACCGUCUACCAACACAUGCGAUUACAUUUGCUACUUCCGCCAUGCACUUGCACUAGAUGAGCGCCGAGUUAGAUUUCAACCUGAGUAUGUCUAUGGUGGUAUGAGCGAUCGAUCGAACUGGUUUAAGUACCAAUCGCCUCUAUCUCCCACGGACGAAGAUCGUAUCAAAGAGGUUUGGUUUGCUGGUAGUCAUUCGGAUGUCGGAGGUGGCAAUUGGAAGAAAACAAGCCGUCCCAAUGACUUCCGAUACAUGUCUCUACUAUGGAUGUGUGAAGAAGCUCGCGAGGCGGGGCUUGUGCUUCAUCCCCGCGAGGUAACUUGCAGUCAUGGAUAUGAAGAACUUCACGAACGCGAAAUUCCCAACUCUUUAACCCUCAUGUGGCGGCUGCUUGAGAUACUGCCUAUCGGACAUCUUCACUAUAAGUCCAACACACACAAAGCGCUAGGUCGUAUUAUCAUGCCCGGUCAAAAGCUCCACGAGUCGGUUCUAUUUCGCCCCAACUACCGGCCUCAAGCAGUUUUUUGGAGGAAUCUCCAGCAAUGGCCUGAAGUAC